GAAACAAUUUGGAGAAAUGAGGCCGAGGAGCGCUCAGCCACACACAUCCCCACAUCGAUUUGCCGUGUUCAAAACAGCGAAGCUAUUGGAAUUCAUAACAUUUGACUUUUGUUUGGGAUGCCUUUACUGAACAAGAAACCGAUUGGAAGACGUGAAGUUCCACCAAAUGUAAAACUCACCGAUAAGGUCUACUAUUUGGAAGCAAGCAAUGAGAUUUUCACAAACUAUGAUGAGUUCUUCGAAAGAAUGAUCCAGUUGAAUUCUACACUUUUCUCUUGUGAGUACACUGGCAAGACAGGUCUUACGUAUUUCGAGGCUCUGGAAUCCGAGAAACAGGCUAUGAAAGCACUGGGAAAUUUUCCGCCACAAUUGGAGCAAUCUAUACUGUUUCUCGUUAGGAACUACUUAUGUCGAGGUCGAUUCGAAGAUCUGCUCAAUGAUGUCUCCUUAUUCAUGAAGGAUCGCUAUUUUAUUGGUGAAGAAUGUUCCUAUGUUGAUGGCACGCAAAGAGUUCCGGUAAAAAUUACUGGCGUUCAAGUGCUUCGAGAUUGGCAGCCAGAAAGCGGUAAUGGCAAAGAUCCACAGAUUCCUCCACCCGAGAUAUUUCGGUACUCUUUGGAAUUUCUAGAAGGGAACACCCAUCCGGAUGCAUAUUUGGAAGACGAUUUGGAACAAGCACUUUUCGAUCAUACCUGCUUGCAUCGAGCAAGAAGUGUUUCGUCUAAACCAAAGUUGAAGCUGUUUUUGAAGAAUUCAUGCGUGGUGCGGAAGGGGCGCUACGAUGUAAAGGAGAAAUUCAUCAAUGACAUAGACACUCUGACUUGGGAAAGCGCUUGCGGUGGUCCGCCUCCAAAGUUUCCUCAAACCCCGAUGUUGCAACGAGGUAGACAACCCAAAUCUCAGAAUGCAGUUGCCUCCACCUCGUCAACACCCGCGGCGCUAGAAGGAACGUCUACAAACUUGGAAGAGACUCCAGUUGUCAACGGCACUCCGAAACCCGUAAAAGAAAAAAGGGCAUACACGAGACGAAGUGACACACCCAAAGGACUGACAGAGAAGAAGCGACAGCAGAUUUUCGCUCAGCAGGAAGAGCUUGCCUCAUUGUUUGAAAACGCCAGAAAAUUCGGUGUGGAUUUAACCAAGUAUGAGCAACAAACGCGGAUACUCAACGUGCACGAGAUAGCUGAGCUAAAGUUGCUGAUCAAAUCGUCGCGAACUCAAGAACGUGAGCAAGCUAGAGAGGCAAAAAGGAUGAAACUCAAAGCCAAACAUGAAUGGGCAAAGAAGAGGGAUGAUUUAGAUUGUGACGAUUUGAAGGCACUUCCCGCUUAUCCUGCUCUAACUCUUCCUCCUUGGUUGAAUGACGAAGAGUUGUCUGAAUACCUAGCCAUACUACAGUUUUUCACUGCUUUCCAGGAACUUCUGCCUAUCAAGGAAGUGCGAGGUACGCAUCGAGUGAAUCUAACUGAUGUCAUUAUGGCAAUUCGAUGUGCUGAUCCCCAAUAUAGCACCUACGCUGAUCUCAUGAAAAUCCUUCUUUCGGCCAGGACUGAUCGAGCAGAUGAAGAAGAUGGCGAUGAAGCUGACCUGUCUAAUAAAGAAGAGAUUGCCUUGAUACAACUGCAGAAUUGUGACCCUGAUAAUAAAAUACAUGGUGAAAGGAUACGAGAAAUGACCUACUUACAUGAAGAAAUCCGAUUAACACAUGGGCAAUCUUUACGACAUAUUCCUGUUGAUUGGAUGACUUUGACGGAGUUAAUACGGUUAGUAUUACUCACUUCCGGCUACUACACUGGACAAAGUACGCAUCGCCAUCGAUUAUUUGCCAGAGGAAACUAUAAAGGGUAUGAAGAUGCUGGUUACGUUUAUCGCAUGAACCAUCCGGAAACUAUGGAGAAGCUUCGAACUGGAACAGUGUUUGACUUAACACCGACGGAACGCUUAGAUCUCAUGAAAGUGGUUGUCUAUCAGCUUCUCAGCUAUAGCAAGUUUCGCAGUCGCCAGGAUGAGCGAUUAUUUGAGCUCUGGGAGCAAAGGAGGGAACUCAAAAAGCUGAGAAAUUGGGAUCAGACGCAGGAGCAGGAAGCCAAAGAAGCAAGGCUUGCUCGCGAGUAUGAGGCAGAGCUCAUAGAAGAACAGGGUAGUGAAGCAGCUAAAGAACAUCUGAAAGAGUGGCCAGCACCGUCUGAGGAAACGCUUAAGCUGAAGCAUCAUCUUAAAGCGAUCCGUGAUUCGAGACGGGUGGACCGCGAUGAGGUUGAACAAAUGCUUCUUUCUGGCGUGGCAUUCAAUGAGCUGGAACUUUCCGACAUUAUUCUUGCUCGCGACUUGCAAAGGGACAAAGUUCAAGACGUAGAAAAGAAGCUGCUAGAAACAAUAUAUGAUCUGACAACGAUGGCCGGACAAUUGCACCUGGGAAGAGACCGAGCGUUCCGGAAUUACUUCCUACUUGAGUGCGUGCCCUGUCUACUCGUUGAAAAUCCCAUCGAAGCUGAUCAUGUGGGAGUAUGCUUCGAGUCUACGCCUGUGGCCGAUUGUAGUGAGUAUGGUAGUGAAGAAGCUACACGACAGUUUGUUUUGGGAUGCUCCGGCAACAUGAACACCUGUUCUGUCCAUGGUGAACUCUCGAAACGAAGGCCGAGGUGGACAUUUGUGGAUUCUAUGGAAAAAGUUGAUCAGAUUGUUGCUGCAUGUAAUCCUCGUGGUUAUCGCGAAAUUGACCUUGCUGAAGAGAUUACUUUCCAUCAUCCGCGAAUAGCUGAGGUUAUGGAGAAGGUGGAGGCAAAGUUGGCUAAUGGGCAAUUCACCUCGCUUUUCAUGGUAGACCAGGCUGAUCCGGCUUUGAUGCAGAGUGGUGUGGAAUGGGACGUCGAAAUCCGAGAGCUGUUGCUUGAUUUGGAGGAAAAGAUCGAGCAAGGCCUCCUUGGUCGUCUUCCACCCACUAUAGAUCGACAACAAUGGCGGGACCUCUUGUUGGAUACUGGAGAUAUAACGCCGUUGAUGGAAGGUGACGUAGUGAUAAAAGGGCCACGUGAAGAAGUUGUUUGGACAAAAGACGAAUUACAGAAGCUCACAGAUGUUCAGAAACUUUCUGUGGCUUUCCUGCAGUUGGUUCAGUGUAUAGGCUUGAAAUUUCUCCAAAAACCAUUUGGUGUGACCAAAACAGACGACAAAGGGCGUCACAUUGUUAUGGCUACGGCUGUUUUCCUGCGAUGGCAACGAGCUUUGCUCACGUGUAGUUCGCUCCCAGCUCUCUGCCUCUUCUUAUCUACUUUGGAACCUGCCAUAAUGUGGGAUAAGAGCAGGUUGCAGGCCAAGUGCCGGGCAUGCAGGCGGAAGGCUAACGCGGAACAGCUGGUACUCUGUGCAGACUGUGAUCGCUGCUAUCAUUUCGAAUGUGCGAGACUUGAGGCUGGCCCAGCACCACUGGACUGGUGCUGUGCAGACUGUAAAGCGGUGCGAAGGAAGAUAGCUGCGGCUGAGAAACGAAAAACGCAGAAAGGUGGGCUGUGCCCAGCUGAUAAAUCAGAAGCGGCCAUGCUGCGAGAGCAAGAAGAUGUAGAAGACGAGCAUGUUGGCGACGAGAACAGUCUGAACGCAAGCAUGGAAGAAGAGCUGUCGCAAAAUGGCCAGCAUACUAAUAAUAACAACGUUAUUCGCACCAGUAGCGGCCGAACAGUGAGGCGGGUGCUGUACGAUGACGGUGGUUCAACACCUGAUGUUGACGCAUCUCCUCGUCCUCUCAAGUCGUCCAAACGACAUUCCGCACGUUCGAACGGUUACGUGAACACGGACUAUGUUGAUGAUGACUUCGAUUACGACAGCGAAUCGUCAACAAUCUCGAAGAGCAAAAGAAAACGAAAAAAUGCGGAUGAAUUCACAGAAUCACCUUUACGAAGUUUUGCUCCUACACUGCGUGAUCCCGAUCUGUCAUCGAGAGCUAGGAUCGAGGAGCUAGAGAAACUCAUACGAGAGGCUAUGCGGGAACCAUAUGCGUGGCCUUUUCUGGAACCUGUAGACAAGAAGGAGGUUCCGGACUACUAUGACGUAAUAACCCGACCAAUGGACCUCAGAACGAUGAUAAAUAAGAUCAAACAACAUGUGUAUGACACUCCAGAGGAGGUUCGAUCUGACGCCUAUCUAAUUGUGGCCAAUUGUAAGGAAUAUAAUGAGGAAGGCAGCGAAAUAUACGACUGUGCGGAACAACUUGAAGAUUUCUUCCAAGACAGAUUUCGGAUAUUUUUCGAAGACAAAAAGAGGAGGUGA